GCAUGGACCACCAAGUCGUAGAUUUGCAUCAACACGCCACGAGCCACCACCAACCGCGGCGGUCGAUGUGGCAAUGCUCCAUGCGACUCGCGUCCCCCAACUGAGCGCGUAUGCUCUCUGGAGCCCCAUUGUAGCUGCAUUGGAUUCGGUUUCCAAGAAACCGUUUGUCGUGUAACUGUCAUUCCGUGUCAGCGACGACGGGAUGGACGCGGUCGCCUGGUUGUGCUGGCUUGCGACGUGUAUGACGUCAUGGACUCUAGGGUUUGUCGCCAAGGAACCUCUCUAUGGCAUCUCCACAGGCGUGUCUUACACCAUGGCGGUCACCGUUGGUGGAACAGGAUCGUCAAGACGACCGUCGACAUUACAAUUGUUGUUGGACACGGGUUCUUCGAACAUGGCUGUGGCAACAAGUGCAUGCUGUACCAAUUCACAAGCACUUGGGCCGUUGGCCGUCUUCAACUGCGCUGCGUCGCCCACGUGCGCGUCUACGACGCAGCCAGCGACCAACAUAUCGGUCAAGUACAUUGCAGCUUCGUGGAUGGGUCAUGUUGUGCAGGACACAGUGUCGACCACCCAUCUUGGCGCUGUCCCGGAAUUUCCAUUUGUCGCGAUUGACGUGCAGCAGGAGUUUUUCAAGGGCGGGUACAACGGCAUCCUCGGCGUUGCCUUCGACGCGUUGGCCCAGCCAAGAGACAAUCCCAUGACAACGCUGGUGCAAACUCUCGUGGAUCGGCGACAAAUGGAGAACGUGUUUGGCGUGCUAAUGUGCGGCAUCUUGCAGCCAUUUGCCCGUGGAUUGCGUCCAUCCAACGUGUCAGGGGCCAUGGUGUUUGGGGGGGUGGCGCCCCCAACUGGCCCUGCAUUGUAUCGAGGACCAGUUGUGUACACACCCUUGAUUCAACCCAAGUGGUAUGUCGUGCUGGUGACAGAGGUGGCUUUUAACGGCACAUCGCUCCCUCUGCCAUGCACAGCCUUUAAUGCGCCAAAGGCCAUCGUGGACUCUGGUACGACGAACAUUGUGCUGCCGCCUCCGGUGUAUCGCCCCCUCAUGGCCAUGCUCCGCGAUGCAACGCUCCAAGCAAUUCCAGACUUUCCGUCGACCUACUUUAGCGACCGAUCCGUGUGCUGCGAAGCGUACUGUGACCCAACCAAUGUGAACUCGACACUGAUGUCGCUCCCGUCGCUCUCGUUUUCGUUCGCGUUAAUGGGUCAAGUAAACGACCAAGUAACAGUCACGAUUCCGCCCACGUACUACUGGCGCCCCAUUGCCGUGCAAAGCGCCGUGGGUACAACGAUGUGCCGCAUGAUCGGGCUGUCGGAGGGAAGCAGCACGAUCCUUGGCAACGUUUUUAUGGAUGGCCUAUACACGGUCCACGAUCGACGCAACGGGCAGAUCGGGCUCGCUGUCGCCGACAAUUGCGAUAACUUGGCGAUCUCGACCAAAACGAUCUCGACCUCUGCCAUGCCAUCCUCGACAGCAUCAUGGUGCGAUUGCCUUUCGAACGCCGAGCUCAACGACAACCUCGUCACGUCAAAGCUCCCUGGGCAACGCGCGUGCUUCAUUUGGUAUUGGUGGACGUACGUCUUCGUCGUAUCGAUCAUUGUGAUUGCCGUCUGUUGCGCGAUUCUGUUGUGGAUGUGGCUUGCGAAACGGCGGCGCAACAACUACAUCCGCGAGGCGCCAGGGCCACCGCCCAGUUUCCUCCAGCACCAGCUACUGGACGCCGAGGGUCUCAUGACGCCAAAAGAACCGCCACCUAUAUCUCCAUGCUCCGAAAGCCGCUCCCCGUCUUUCGCCGGGCUCUCCAUGUCCUCGACCGCACCUCAUGUAAAUGAACACAUCUUUUAAGAAAAGUCCCGAACGUCGUUCGAUGACAAUCGCGAAAAUUCCUU